GCUGGUGAAGGGGCCGCUGGGUGCUCGGGAUGCUCUGGUCGUCACGUCUGUUGCUCAGAUGCUGUUCAGUUUAGGGCACCCGGGUCCCAGAGUGCUGGCCGUUACGCGUUCACAGCCUUCCCAGAAAUGUGCUGUUUUUCUUUUUUAACUGACCCGUCAUAGGCAGGGCCCGCUGACUGAUAGAGCUGGGAAAGAAAUGAGUUGUUGCUUAAAUACUGAAGACUUAGAUUAGAAAUCAAGGUGUUUGACUGGUUUCAAUUUUACAGUUUGCAACGGAUGAUCUGAGCAAACCCAGAGAUCUCAAUCUACAGGACAGAUGCUGCUUUUCUUUUCUGUUCUUUUCUUUUUUUUUCUCUCCCUGCAUGGUGAGGGUGUUAAGUGAGAAUGUAAACACAUGAGCCAGAGGGAAAUCCAGAGAGGGUGCUGCGGGGUUGCCAGUAAUCCAGGGAUUACUGCCUGGUGAAACGCAGCACCUCGGUACAUUGCAGGCACGUACCGCUGGAUGCGACUCAGGUCUGUUCAGGAUGCAGGUACAAGUGGAAUGUGCAUUGAAUAAGGCAUGGGUGGAUUUCAGGGAACGUGAGCCCAAAAAAGGAAUACAAAAGAAAGUAAUGGAAUACAAAAAAAAUAACAGUUAAUAGUUGUAGCCACCUACAUGAGACAUGUAACUAUAUGUACCUCUCUUUUGCAUAUAUUCUUCCUGCAAGCAAUUCUGCAAAAGAUCAACUUACAUACUAAAGCAGACACAGAUAAUACAGUCUAGGCAUGUUUGAGACAUAGAGUUGAAAAUCCACAUUUUCAACACCCAGGAACAGAACAAAAGAUUUAAAAUGCAGUUUUUAUUUUUAAGGGCUUGACUAAAUAUUCUUCAUAAAUUUUGCACUGUAUCACACUCAAAAUGUGAAAAGGAGUUUAGACGCAAGCUUACUAGUAUUCAUUUUCAGUGUUCUUGAAAGCCUUGUGAUGAAACAGUAUUUUAUCACAUAGAAAGGAGGGAGAGGAUAGGAAAUAAAAGGAGUGACAUGGAAAUAAAACUGCAAAAGCAUUCCAAGAGAGUUUAGGUGGCAGAAUAUCUGUAUGUUCUAGUUACCUUAAUCCAAGUUCCCUUUGAGUCCAGACAAAACCCAUGGGUUUAAAUUCUGUAAUUUCUUAAGGAUUUGGAAAUGAGGAAAUUCAAGCCGGAACACAUGUUCAGAGUUGAAUUUUGCAAAUUUCCCAUAGUUUUCUAUGUGGAAGAACCCUGCAAACAGACAUUGGAAAAACUUUGCCUUUCGGUUUGGACUUAGCGCAUGUUGUUUGGCACUUGAACACUGGUUAUCUGUUCACAUUUACUAGAAAUAAUGACUAGAAACUUAACCUGCAAGUAGGCUGUUGAAGUAACUUCUGGAACAGUUUGUUUCUCUUUCCUUCCCCAACCCCCUUAAGACUUUUUUUUCUUCUGGGAUUUGUUUGCAAUCUGCUAGAUGAAGCUUUAAGGCCUCUUUGCCAGAUCUAGGGCUGCAUCAUCAUUCAGCACAUCUGGAAGUGGUUUAUGGGCUCUCAUUCCUUCAGUGCAGCGUCUGGACUCCGAGCUGUUCCUCAGCAGCAGAGAAAGAAAAGAAAACCAGCACAACUCCAAAGUAAACUUUGAAGAGUUUGAAAAAGGAACUGAAUUUUUAAACUGUGACUGUGCCCAGUAAGGCCCUUGCGCAGGGCACUUUGAAGGAGGAUGAUGGGCAAGGAAGCUUUGGCAAGAAUGCUUACAGAUGUGGCCUAUCUAGGAUCCAAGUAAAUAGCUCUACAGCUCUUCAGGAGAGAGAAGUCCCGAAUACUGUGCUGCCUUGAAGAGUUAACCAGAUCUUACUGAUACUUCUUGUUUUAACUGUGUGCGCCAUUCUGUAUAACAAAGUUCACAAAGUGCCAUCUUCAUUAAAGAACAAAACAGGUUUAACGUGAAUAAGCAGCUACCUGGAGGACAGACUGAAUCGUCGCCCCUGCUGAGGAAAACAUUCAGAGAACUCAGUUGUUAUAUGUUCUGUCUGGAGGCAUUCACCUCUCCAGUCAGCCUGCCUGUCGUUCUGGAUUAGCUACAGCUCAUGCUGUGUGUCUUUCCAGUUGAUUUGGAGAGUCCUGAGGAAAUGGAAGAAGAAAUUCCGGUCGUAAUCUGCGCUGCUGCAGGCAGAAUGGGUGCAGCUAUAGCAGCGAUCAGUAGCAUCUACAGCAACACCGAGGCAAAUGUUUUGUUCUAUGUAGUUGGGCUGAAGAAUACCAUCCCACAUAUUCGAAAAUGGAUUGAAAAUUCUAAAUUGAAAGAAAUAAAAUUUAAGAUUGUGGAAUUCAACCCAAUGGUACUAAAAGGAAAAAUCAGACAAGAUGCAUCGCGCCCUGAGCUACUGCAGCCUCUGAACUUUGUUCGAUUUUAUCUCCCCUUGCUUGUCCAGAAACAUGAGAAAGUCAUAUACUUGGAUGAUGAUGUCAUUGUGCAAGGUGACAUCCAGGAACUCUACGAUACUAAGUUAGCUCCUGGACAUGCUGCAGCUUUCUCAGAUGACUGUGAUCUGCCUUCUACACAUGAAAUGGUUAGAAGUGUAGGGAUGCAGAACACAUACAUGGGAUUUCUGGACUACAGAAAGCAAGCAGUUAGAGAUCUUGGCAUCAGCCCUAGCACCUGCUCCUUUAAUCCUGGAGUAAUUGUUGCUAACAUGACGGAAUGGAAGCAUCAACGGAUUACAAAGCAGUUGGAAAAGUGGAUGCAACGAAAUGUGGAGGAGAAUCUGUACAGCAGCACCCUUGGGGGAGGCGUGGCCACCUCUCCAAUGCUGAUUGUAUUUUAUGGGAAGCAUUCUACUAUUAAUCCCAUGUGGCACAUAAGGCAUCUUGGUUGGAGUCCUGAUACUCGCUAUUCAGAGCAUUUUCUUCAAGAAGCUAAAUUACUUCACUGGAAUGGAAGAUAUAAACCUUGGGACUAUCCCAGUGUUCACACUGAUCUCUGGGAAAACUGGUUUAUUCCUGACCCCUCAGGGAAGUUCAAAUUAACUCGUCCUGAAAGCUGAUACUGAAAACAGUUUAACGCAUUCAUACACCAUAUUGUGCAGUAUGCGGUAAUCAAAGAUGCAACCUGUCAAAUUGUGUAAUUAACUGAUUUUAAAAAACAAAGUAUUUGUUAAAUAGUGCUACAAACUGACCAUCAGUUACCUGUGCUUAUGGGUGGAGAGGGGGUAGAGCGAUAGCUAUGCAAUUCAAAUUAUCUUGACUUUCAAGUAAGGUGAAGAAACAAAUUUACUUGACAAUGAAGUACUUUCAUUAAACAUUUACAGAGGUGAAA